AUGCUGGGACGCUCCCUUAAUCUUCUUGUCGCAGGCCUUGUCGGGCUUGUAACAGCCCUCACAAAUCCCAUUAUCCCGGGUUUCAACCCAGACCCCUCGAUUUUGCGGGUGAACGACACCUACUAUAUUGCGACCUCAACAUUCGAGUAUUUUCCUGCAGUGCCAAUUUAUAAAUCGCAGAACCUCGUUGAUUGGGAGCUGGUGAGCCAUGCCUUCGAGAGGCCGGAGACGCUCAUGCUAUAUGGUGUCCCUACGGGUGCUGGUGUAUGGGCGCCGACGUUACGGUAUUUACAUGGAAGGUUUUAUGUCAUUGGCAUGACCAGAUGGGUUUACGACCCUAUCAACCGCCUCUUCCCACGCAUGUUCUAUGCAUCAUCGGCCGACCUCGUAACUUGGAGCGACCUCACUUGGACCGAACCUUGGGGAAUAGACCCCGACCUCUUUGUAGACCCCGUGACAAACAAAACCUACCUCACGCACCAAGGCAUUAACAACAAUGUUGACCGCAUUUGGGGCAUCUAUCAGCUUACCAUUGAUCUCGAUACGGGCGCCUCCACCUCCGACGUCCAGUUGAUCUACAAUGGCACACUCCCAAACAAUAGUAGUUCCCGCCCAGAAGGCCCUCAUCUCUACUACAAGGACGAAUACUACUAUAUGCUCACCGCCGAAGGCGGCACUGACGACGCCCACCGUGCAACGAUCGCACGAUCCCACACGCCCUCGGGUCCAUGGGAGCCGGCACCAAAGAAUCCUAUCCUGUUUAAUGGCGGGUAUGGCUACCGCUAUCUAACCGUUCAAUCAACGGGCCAUGCCGAUAUGGUAGAGACGCCGGAUGGUAGAUGGUUUAUGACGUUUCUUGCGCGACGCAAUGUUAACGGGUCCUCACCGCUAGGACGGGAAACAUUCAUGACCCCGAUGGAAUGGGUGGAUGGGUGGCCAGUUGUGCAGGCACCCAUAUCACUGACUGUUGACGCGCCCGGACUGCCCGACAAUAGUGCGCCACCAGAUGUGUUCUAUGACGAGUUCAAUGCGACGUGUCUAAGUAAUGAUUACUACCAGCUUAGGACGCCAUAUACAGCCAACUACGAGCUGACACAGGGGGUGGGUGGAUUACCGCCGCUGAGGAUGCUGCCAAACAUCUACACGCUGUCGAAUCGCGAUACUCCAUCAGCGCUGCUACGGAAGCAGAAAAGCCUCAACAUGACGUUCAGCGCGGGUUUGGCUGUGCCCCGUGGUGGCUUUGAGACGGCAAGGCAAGAGGUUGGACUCAGUGUGUACCUGUCCGAGUUUCAGCAUCAGGAUGUUGCUGUAAAGAACUGUAAAGAGGGCGGGCUCUGUGUAUGGACCCAAAUCAUAAGAAACGGCACAGUGAACGAGACCUGGACUCCGGUAGGAGAAGAAGAAGAGGAGGGCGAGCUGGUGCUUUGGAUUCGAGCGGAACCGCUGCGCUAUCAAUUUGGGUGGUCGGUGGGUGGGUGUGAGAUUGAGUGGGUGGCGGAGGUGGAGAGUAAAUGGCUUGCUUUUGCGCCGACCAACUACUUCGUUUUUACGGGAGCAAUGUGGGCGGUGUAUGCUACUAGCAAUGGGUUCCCAUGGCCGGUAGGAGCAGAGGAGGUCGGCUUUAACUGGGUGAAAGAGGAGUACUGGGGCGAGGAGCUACCCGAGGUAGACAAGUGGUAG